GAGUUAGCUGGCUCUAUCUAUAUAGUCAGACUCAAAAACUGUACCUCACUGGACAGCCAUGUGGUUUGAGGCAGUGCUGUUUCUCGGCAUUCUAGCGUAUGGUUCAACCCAGGAAUGUUACACGCGUCCAUUGUGCGAAGGUGACUCCUUUAUCGCCAACAGUGCUAGAGAAUGUUGCUCGGACACCGAUGAAGGUGUCUCCUUCUCCGAAGAUGGAACAUCCUGUACUAUCCCGCAGUGCAUUGUCCAUGGUUUUCACAAAUCAUCUUACAAUGUGACUGAGGGACUAAGACUGCAUACAACAUUUGGACCCAAUGUGAAAGGAGUUUCUCGGUUGCCAUUAGUGUUCCAUGGAACAAUAUCUGUGGUUGAGAAUACAGCAACAUCAAGUGACUAUGAGAGAAUUUUGAACAUUCCUACAAGUGCAUCUGGAAAUACAUCACUGACAUUUGUCCCACAUGAUGAUGACAUCACUCUGGAGUAUGAUGACAAGGUCACUCUGACAUUUACGCCUCAAGACCCACUCCUAAUUGAUACCAUCGAGGAUGCUGGAGAAUUUGUUAGGCAUAUAGUCACAGUCAACAUCAUUGACGCUGACAAGCUUGAGAUAUACUUUGAGGAGACGGCCUAUUCUGUGGGGGAAAAUGAUACAGCAGAGACCAUGCCGAUCAGAGUUCAAUUCACCAAGACGACCCAAAGUCCAUUUACUUUUACAGUGAGUGCCAUCUCCAUUGAUGUGGCAGAGUCUCUCGGCAUUGGUGGCUUGAUCCCUCGCUUAGUGACUUUCAGAGCUAACCCAGGCUCUGAUUUCACAGCAAGAAAUAUCACAAUUACAAUCCCUCCUAUGGAAGGUGGUACAUAUGAACUUCCCCGUGUCUUUCAGAUCAGUGACGAUACUAUAAAUGAGUAUGAUGAGAGUUUGGCUCUAGUAGUAGAGGUAGGAACUGACACUCCAGAUAGCAUGGUCUGCUUCUUUAGAGAUGCCAGUGACACUACCUGCCAUGGAAGAAUUGGAGCAGUACCUGUAGUUAUAAAAGAUAAUGAUGCCCGUACAUUAAUUGGGUUUGCUCAAAGGCGUCAGACAGUAUCAGAGAGUGGUACUCCUCCUGGGGCUGAUGGAUAUACCAUAAGAGUGAGAGUUAACUCCAUUGGCUCUGAGAGAAGAGACUAUCCUGUCCGUAUCCGUGUCAAAACCACGAACAGCACCGUGGAGGGAAUCAAUGUCCAGUUUGACUCUUCUUAUGACGUGCUGUUAGGGGCAAGACUUAACAUGGGUGAUCCCAUUACAGAGAACCUAACUGUCACCAAGGGGACAUUCUAUUCAUAUUUCACUGCCUUUGUUCGUCAGGACAUUCGUUCUGAGGGCUUAGAGUGCUUUACUCUGAAGAUAUCUGGCAUAGACGUCCCAGGAUUUCGUGAGAUAUCUGCCUGUAAUGAUGAUUAUUUUUGUCAACACACUGUUUGCAUAGAGGAUGAUGAUGAACCAUUUGUGGUGGCAUUUGUUGAGACAACGUACACUGUGACAGAGUGUGAUGGUCAGGUGGAGGUGUGUGUCAAUCUCACUCGACCUCAGACAGACAUUCUCGAUGAAGUGAUACAUUUGGAUGUAUCUACAAGUGACAUCUCCAGCUACAUUCCAUCUGGUUCCGUGCUAGCAAAUCCCGAUGUCCCUAGUUUUCUUGGGACCUACCCCAUGGCUCCAGGGACUGACUAUGAGAAACAAACACAAGGUCUCAGGGGCAGCUCUAUCACUGAGAGCUCAAGAGUUGUCUGUUACAAUCAGACAGUGUACUGUGACACACGACUGGAGCUCACAGAGUAUUUUGGCCUGAGUAUUGCUGUUAGAGCAUCGUCUACUGUCAGGACUGAAGUUGAUCCAAUCUAUGGUCAAACAGCUAUAAAAAUUAAGGAUGGUAGUAGCACUGCUGAAGUUUGUCUGGAAAACACAGUCUAUCGUAAUGUGGAUGAAAUAAUGGAAGUUUGUGCUGUUAUCAUGCACCCAGAGGAAAGCUGUCGUGUACAAUUUCCCUUCAGUGUUUCUCUAUCGACAAGUGAUGACUCAUACUCGAGGAUAUACUUUACAGAAUGUGAAACAAGAAGCUGUGUCAACGUAUCUAGGGCAUCAUUUCCAGUCUCACUAGAAAGAACCUCAGAUCUGGACCCCAGAAUCACGCUUUGUGCCAAGACAGCCAGAGUUGAACCAUUUGUGGUGGCGUUUGUUGAGACAACGUACACUGUGACAGAGUGUGAUGGCCAGGUGGAGGUGUGUGUCAAUCUCACUCGACCUCAGACAGACAUUCUCGAUGAAGUGAUACAUCUGGAUGUAUCUACAAGUGACAUCUCCAGCUACAUUCCAUCCGGUUCCGUGCUAGCAAAUCCCGAUGUCCCUAGUUUUCUCGGGACCUACCCCAUGGCUCCAGGGACUGACUAUGAGAAACAAACACGUAGUGCCAAUGGUCUCAGGGGCAGCUCUAUCACUGAGAGCUCAAGGGUUGUCUGCUACAAUCAGACGGUCUACUGUGACACACGACUGGAACUCACAGAGUAUUUUGGCCUGAGUAUUGCUGUUGGAACAUCUUCUACUGUCAGGACUGAAGUUGAUCCAAUCUAUGGUCAAACAGCUAUCAAAAUGAUGGAUGGUAGUGGCACUGCUGAAGUUUGUCUGGAAAACACAGUCUAUCGUAAUGUUGACGAAAUAAUGGAAGUUUGUGCUGUUAUCAUGCACCCAGGGGAAAGCUGUCCUAUACAAUUUCCCUUCCGUGUUUCUCUGUCCACUAGCGAUGACUCAUACUCGAGGAUAUACUUUACAGAAUGUGAGAACAGGAGCUGUAUCAAAGUAUCUAGGGCAUCAUUUCCAGUCUCACUAGAAAGAACCUCAGAUCUGGACGCCAGAAUCACGCUUUGUGCCAAGACAGCCAGAGUAUUUAGCGUUACUAUGGAGUUUGAGUCAGCAGUCUACACUUCGUCAGAGGAUGCUGGAUCAGUGACCGUGUGUGCUGUUAUCAGAGGAGAAAGUGCUGGAGAAGAAAUCAAUAUAAAACUUUUCACUGAGGAGCAAACUGCAAGAGCUUCAAGGGACUUCACCCAUUUGGAAUUCAAUUCAGUGAUUAGUGAAAGGAUGUGUAUGAGCAUCUCGAUCAUUGACAACUACCUGCCUGGUAGUGAUGUUCAUUUCUCAGUGAGAGCUACUAGCAGCAGUCACAGAAUACCACCAGCUACCACUACUGUUAUCAUAAUGGAUGACGAGAUUCCUAAUGGUUGCACAUACGAAAGUUGUCAAUGCAAGUCUCUCUGAAGAAGAAACUCGAGACGAGGUAGUUGUUGAGAUUGUCGAAGCCUUGGAGUCAGUUCUUGGGGGCAUUGGAUCAUCGCCACUGGGUAGUAUUUUAGGUGAUGGAGUACUGACUCCAAAUGAGACAUCGGAUGAACCCCCUCUUAGAAUUGUAUACACAGCUCUAGCAGAGGAGUUUGAAGUGAAAACUACAGAUGAGGGUUUCAAUAACUUCACAGAAGCAAUCACACAAAUCACAGAGGCCAAGGAGGCAGCAUGUGAGGGUGAGCAUGGUGUGAGUGAGGCAGAUAUCCCCAGCCUAGGGAGGGAGUACAGGUCACUGAGGGGUGAUAUCCAGGGAAACAUUGACAGAAUUCGAGACAUUUUUGGCAAGAUGCUGUGUCUAAGUGAGAGAAGCCAUGAAGCCCGGAGAAGAAAGAGAC